UUUGAAUCUCAAAGUAAAAUAUACAAAUCCAUAAAAUCAAAAUGGCAUUCAAGCUCAUCGUCCUUUGCGCCGCUUUGGCCGUCGCCCAGGCUGGCAACAUCGCCGCCCCAUUGGCUUACUCCGCUGGUUACGCCCAUGCCGCACCUUUGGCUUACGCCCAUGCUGCCCCAGCUGUUGCCUACAGUGCCGCCCCAGCUGUGAGCUACGCCCACUCCAGUGCCAUCCAUACCCCAGUUGUGGCUAAGACCAUUGCCGCCCCAGCAUACGCUACCUACGCCCAUGCCGCUCCAGUCGCCACCUACUCUGCUGGUUACGCCCAUGCUGCACCAGUUGCCGCCUAUGCUCACGCCCCAGCCACCUCCUACUCUCACUCCACUGUCACCAAGAGCAUUGCCGCCCCUGUAGCUUAUGCUGCUCCAGUUGCUCACUAUGCUGCUGCUCCAGUCAUUGCUAAGGCCGCCAUUGCCGCCCCAGUCGCCACCUAUGCUCAUGCUGCUCCAGUCGCUACUUACGCUCAUGCCGCUCCAGUAGCUCACUAUGCUGCCGCCCCUGUCAUCGCUAAGGCCGCCAUUGCUGCUCCAGUCGCCCAUGUUUCCUACUCUUCCCCAUCUUUGGGCUACGCCACCAACUACGGAUGGUAAAUGGUCUCACCAAGAACGCUGUUUAAAUUUUUAAAUGCCAUUUAGAAACAAAAAAAUGUAAAUAAAUUAGUAAAACAUAUUUAUUUUAUAUGUUUCUGUAUUUAUUCGAUACAGAAAUUUAUAAACUGUAAAUAUACUUUUAUAAAACACAAAAAAAUGAAUUU